AUGGCAUCAGCAGGCUCAUGGCUGGAGAGGGAAGAGCAGUCAUCCACAGAGGCGUGCCCGGGAGAGUUUGCAAUCCUGACUUCGAUGUGGUUCAUUGUCACCGAUGAGAAGAAGUGGAAGUGGACUGAGCCCGACAUCACCACCAAGAAUGGCUUGCACUACGUCAAGAUCAGCAAGUGGGACCGCAACUUCGUCCGCUUUGCGACAGGGAAGCCGUUGGACCUUCGAGAUUGCCGAAGCUCGGGCGCAAACGCAAAAGUGCUCGAUGAUAUUGCGACCAGACGAAACACGGCCUCUAGGCAGGCAGUUGAAAAAGAACUUGCCUUGCUAGCCGAUGCGGGCAGCGAGGGUGAGGUGCAGAAGCUUAAGAGGAAAGUCCGGGUAGAAGACGGGGAUCUUCUCCCUAACCCCUUCGUCACCGUGGAGUUUCCGGAGUUUGAGCACAACGGCCAGGUCUAUGGCCCCCUUCUGCCAAAGCUGUUGUGGGCGAUCUCAGGCUCUUCGUUCUACAUCGAGGCCAUUGAGCCGAACCUCUUGUACCUCAAGCACGCUGUGCAGUUGGGCCUGGAGAGCGGCCAGCUUGGUCGGAGCCGA